CAACACAUCUCUACUUUGUAGACUCUUUAGUGAUCGACGCCAUCCAACACAUCUCUACUUUGUAAGCUCUUUGGUGAUAGACGCCGUCCAACAUGGCGGUCGUGUGAGGUGAUCCGUUUGUCUGCACUAUUUGGAAAUGAGGGUCCGUGGCUGCUGCAAGUGGACCAAGCCAGCCUAUCUGGUUUGGCCCAUCCUGCUGCUCCUGCUGCUCGGCGCCGCCUUGACAGCCCUGCUCCCCUCCGCCGAGGACCAUGCAGGGCGGGGUGUUCUCCAAGUGCUGCGGCGGGCGACAUUGGAAAGCCAGACUUACGUUCAGGGUGUCCAGGGGGAGGAGCAGCAGAAAUUUACGGUCAUCAUUCAAACCUACAACCGCACUGAUAUUCUCCUCAAACUUCUCAACCAUUACCAAGCGUUGCCUCAUCUCCAGCGGAUUAUCAUAGUGUGGAACAACAUGGGGGAGAAGCCUCCUCUGGAGUUAUGGGACUCAUUGGCUCCUCAUCCUGUUCCUGUGCUUUUUAAGCAGCAGACAAGCAAUCGAAUGCACAACAGACUGCACCCUUUUCCUGAGAUUGACACUGACGCUGUGUUGGUGCUGGAUGACGACACUCUGCUCAGCGUUCCUGACGUCAGCUUUGCUUUCACUGUUUGGAAGCAAUUUCCGGAGCAAAUAGUUGGCUGUGUGCCGCGAAGACACGUGGCAAGUGCAGCAGGCGUGUACAGUUAUGGAGGCUUUGAGCUGCAGGAUCCAGAAAGUGCAGGAGGAGACAAAUAUUCCAUGGUGCUCAUCAGUGCCUCCUUCUUCCAUCGCCGCUACCUCCACAUGUUCCAGGAGCAACCCGCGGAGGUGCACGCUCUGGUGGAUGCGACGCGGAACUGCGACGACAUCGCCAUGAACUUUGUGGUCUCCAUGCAUCUGAGGAAGCUCUCUGGCGCCAGCAGACCCUCGGGGGUGUUCGUCAAGCCCGUGGACAUGCGCAACCUGGAGAAGGACGCCAGCAGCGGCUUCCAGGGCUUGUGGCAUCGGCCUGAACACCUCCUGCAGAGGUCUUACUGCCUCAAUAGGUUGGCGCACAUUUAUGGCGUCAUGCCUCUUCACUUCUCCAACCUCAUGGUCGCCCAGUUUGGCUUCCCGAGCUAUGCCAACCACAAAAGCAGAUGUUGAGUAUUUAAGUACAAAAACAACACGAUGCUCGUAUUACAUUUAUUCACCCAGUGCUAUUAUACUGUACUACAUUUCAACAGUUCUAAGUAAGUCCCACAACAAUUUAGUGGCCACUUUAAAGGUACUAAGCCCUACUUUUGUAUGUCGGUACGAUUAUUGCUACUUUAUCCGCUUUUUACCAGCGCUGUCCAUAAUGAGCCAACUCAUGUGAUAAAUCUGAACAAAUACUGCACUAAUUAUUAGGGAUGUCCGAUAAUGGCUUUUUGCCGAUAUCCGAUAUUGUCCAACUCUUUAAUUACCGAUAUCAACCGAUACCGAUAUCAACCGAUAUAUACAGUCGUGGAAUUAACACAUUAUCAUGCCUAAUUUGGACAACCAGGUAUGGUGAAGAUAAGGUACUUUAAAAAAAUUUUUAUAAAAUAAAAUAAGAUAAAUAAAUUAAAAACAUUUUAUUGAAUAAAAAAUAAAGUAAAACAAUAUAAAAACAGUUACAUAGAAACUAGUAAUUAAUGAAAAUGAGUCAAAUUAACUGUUAAAGGUUAGUACUAUUAGUGGACCAGCAGCACGCACAAUCAUGUGUGCUUACGGACUGUAUCCCUUGCAGACUGUAUUGAUAUAUAUUGAUAUAUAAUGUAGGAACCACAAUAUGAAUAACAGAAAGAAACAACCCUUUUGUGUGAAUGAGUGUAAAUGGGGGAGGGAGGUUUUUUGGGUUGGUGCACUAAUUGUAAGUGUAUCUUGUGUUUUUUAUGUUGAUUUAAUAAUUAAAAAAAAACAAAAAAAAACGAUACCGAUAAUAAAAAAAACGAUU